CCAUAAGACCGAUGUUAAAAUUUAAAUGCGGAUAAUCCGUGUAACAUACUCGUAAUUCCCACUUGCUGAUAAUGCUGGUAACACAGGGUACAUGCAUGUACGUCAAAUUGAUGACGCAUCGCAUGAUGGUAAUUUCCUAAAUUCAAGAGAACCGCCAAUCGUUAUGCGCAGUAAACGCGACGCAACAGCUCUUAUGUGCCCGCGAUUCAAGGGAGCGUGUCACACCUUGCAUCACUAGGUUACCAACAAUGCAAACCCGAACAGACACUUGAUUAAAAAAAAGAAAAAUAGAUAAGACGAGAAAACGAAUGAAAAAUCGUCGUGAAAAGGUGUCCCACAACAGGUCUGUUUGAAUCUUGUUAAGUGCUGAUAAGUGCCUCGUCAAUUGAGCGUUUUAUCUCGUCAGUUACGACGAUUGCUUGAGGCUGUUAAACCUAUUGAAAAGUGAGACAAAACCCCAAAUGAGUCAACACGUAGUGAAGUAGUGCUGAAUGUCGAUGACUCUUGAGAGUACAACGAAAUUUGCGAACAACUGUGAAAAAUGACAGUAUGACAUUAGCCAUCGAGUGGAGAUGACUACCAUCGGUCUAGAUAAUGUGAAAUACAAGUGACAGGGGUCUCAUUAUUUCCGGAAGAACGACAUGGAAGAUGAAACACCAACGAGGGGAGCUCACAAGAUCUGCGCUGUUUGCGGGGAUCGGGCCCUUGGCUAUAAUUUUAAUGCAAUCUCCUGCGAGAGCUGCAAAGCAUUCUUCCGGAGAAAUGCACUCAAGAAUAAGGAUUUCAGAUGUCCUUUCACGGAGAAUUGUAAAGUGACGCCAGUGACUCGUCGAUUCUGUCAGAAAUGUCGUCUGGACAAGUGCUUCAAUGUGGGCAUGAGAAAGGAGUACAUCAUGACAGAGCAUGACAAGGAGCUGAAACGUAAAAAAAUAGAACAAAACCGAGCGAAGAAACGACCGACAUCAGACACGUCGAAGCCCCUAAAAAUGAAACGGGAACAGGUUGAGGAGAGUAACUACGAGGACACUGCAGGAUCAGUAGCUUCAGUAGCCUCAGCAGAGACAUAUUUCUGGGAGUCGGAUCGAAAAUACACUGACCUGGACGGUAAAGGCUCCUCGACAAUUGAGAGCUUGAGCCCAGUGACAGCUGCUAGUGUCCCGAGUCCCUCAUCCCCGGAGAGUAGAGACAUCAUAGGAUCGAAGACCCUUGAAAUGCUGAAGGAGUCUCCCCACGCGUCAAAUCUGCAAUUCCCAAAGAGUCCCUCACUAGCAGUAGACAACAUCUACGAUUCCCCCCACGAAAUUCAAAUUCAUGAGGAGGACUUACAAAAUUACCCCGAGAGUCCCAGUGAGCUCAUUUCAGAGCCCUCCUUCAGCCCCCAGAGCAACCACAACGCGAGCUCCACAUCUUCAGAAGCUCCAAAUAACUGCCAAACAUCGCGGAGAAGCUGCUCCAACACUUCCGAGAUAAUUGACAAGCUUCAGAACCCCAGUUUUAUCUUCAAGCUGAUGAAGAGUCCCCACUUGAUUAUGGAAAUAUUCCAGGAUAAGGCUCUGCUGUCGCAAUUAGCGAGUAAUGCCAAAAUUGCUGCGUUGAUUGCGGAUGCUGAUAGAGAGUUGACUCCAGAGACAUCAAUCCAGGGUCUAGCGAACAAUGGGGUCUCUGAUGAUCUUAUACGAGACAUGCUAGAGGCAGAUCAAAGUCCUGGAGAGAAUCCCAUUCUCACUAAUCUCAUUGGUGAAUCGAAAGAUCCUGGGGAUGAGGAAGGAAUCGAGCAGGCUAGCUCCACCAGUGCAGACAUCGACAGGGAUGUCGAUAAGGAGACGGAUGAUGUGACGAGAGACGUUAUGCAGGACGUAGAGAGAACUUCUAUCGGUAAUAAUUCCAUUGAAUCCAUUCUAUGUGAAGCAAUCAAGCUGGAGUUCUCUGCUUACUCCUGUUUGGGGAGCAAUCAGAGUAACAGGGAGUUGAAUGAUGCCGAGAGGGCGAAACUAAAUGAAUUGAUUGUUGCUAAUAAAGCACUUCUGGCACCACUCGAUGAUGAUCUCACGAAUUUCCUGGGGGAGGAGUGCACGAUCAACGAAAAUUCUGGACAACCCACUGGAAUGCUACUGGACCUAAUUAAUUUAACUGCUAUUGCUAUCAAGAGACUCAUAAAAAUGGCGAAGAAAAUUAAUGCAUUUAAAAAUAUGUGUCAGGAGGACCAGUUGGCAUUACUCAAGGGGGGAUGCACUGAGAUGCUUAUUCUGAGAUCUGCUAUCACUUACGAUCCUGAGAAGGACCUUUGGAAAAUUCCACACUCACAGGAGAGCAAGUCCAUCAUUAAAACUGAUGUGUUGAAACAGGCCAAGGGGAAUAUAUAUGCAGAGCAUGCGAGAUUUGUUAAGGAUUUCGAUCCGAAAUGGAGGGAUGAGAAUAUUAUUCUGAUUUUGAGUGCAAUCGCUUUGUUCACACCCGAUAGGCCUCGAGUCGUUCACAAUGAUGUGAUUAAAUUAGAACAGAAUUCUUAUUACUACCUCCUUCGAAGAUACCUAGAGAGCAUCUACCCAGGAUGUGAAUCGAAAUCCAUGUUUCUGAGGCUCAUCAGAAAGAUUUCAGAUCUUCACAGGCUAAAUAAAGAGGUCGUCGGGGUUUACCUCAAUGUGAAUCCCUCCAGUGUCGAACCACUGUUGAUCGAGAUAUUCGAUUUAAAAAGCUAAAGGCGAAGAAUUAUCAUGCGGGCAUUAUAGAGAUGAUUAUUACCAAAUGAAAAAGUAUAUCAAUAUAUCAUUGUUCGCAUAUUUAAAAGUAUUUAUUAUAGAAGCUGUAGAAAUAACAUAAAGUAUGAAUUGAACCUCUUACCUCGCCGUAUAAUGCACACCAUAUCGAAGUCAUAAUGCUCAGUGCUCUCUAGUUUUUAAGCAGACUAAGUAGAUUUGAGUUAUUAGAGAUGUAAUCAUUGUUCGAGUCAUUGCUGCCAGAGCAUAGAAAUUGCACGAUCAGUGAUGAGUAUGAUCUAUUCACGAAAAAAAAGGGGAGCAGGGUAAAAUGCGAGUUUUUAUUUUAUUUUUCGAAUUAAGGAAAAUUAAGGUGGCUGGGAGCAUUUAUUUUUAUUGUGAGAAUUAUUGUCUUUUUGAAAUGACGAAUUGUUUCUCAAUGUUUCAAAAAUUCAAAAACAAAAAAUUUCGACAAUAUUUAUUUCACUCCAGUCUCCCCUGGAGUUACAUCUGUGGGAUAGAUUAUUCUUCGUACUGUAUUAGCGUAUUGAGAGUGAAGUAUGAAAGUGCCAGACGAAAGGAAAAUCGAGAUAUUGUGAUACACUUCGUGUAAAUAUAUUUUUACAAAUAACGAAGACCCUGUUUACUUUGUUUUUAGACUUCUCUAAGGGAAGUGAUGGCGAAAUAAUUCACGUUUUUUUUUUGGAGACUAAUUGCCUCGAGAUAAAUUUCCAAAUCUAUCCUUUUUACCCGCAAUGCCUCUAUAUUUAAUAACUCAGUGGACAAUAAAACUCGUUUUUUUUCAUCUUGAAAAAUAGGGCGACCAGAGGAAGAAGGUGUCUAGAAAGGAGCUGUUCCCUUUACUGUCUAUCUUCAGACCUGAAGAAAUUAAAAAUUCAGCUUUUCAAAAUUGUGCACGUGGAAUUGACUGAAUUUUGUAAACACAAGACUGUACGAUAAUUCCAAGGGACCAGAGAACCAGGAAAAUAACCACUGGUACAGCAACGAAGAAAAAAAUAGUAGAGAUGAUUAAAACAACCAAAUAUCCAAUAAAAUUGAGAAUUUUGAGAAUUAGCCAAAUGAACCAAUCCCAUACCCACUUGAUUGGGCUGAACACACCCAUAAUUUCAUCACGAAUAAAAGGGUUAAAUCA